CCUGCGCUGAUUUCCGCAGAUUUCCGUGUUUGAUGAAACAGAAUUCUCGAAUAGAUUGGAUUCAAUUCAAAAAGAUGUAUUUAAAAGUCGUAGUUUUCAAAAGUCUAUUAAAGUGAGAUGCGAUGAAAGUUAUGAUUUCCUACAAAUAAAGUUAACCUUUAUUGUUUCCGUUAAACGUAAACCAAGAAGGAAGAAUGGAGAAUAAUUUGAGCCGUAGUGGAAGUCGCUCAAGCUCCGUUUGCGAACUAGAAAAGGAUUUAAGCGAUUUGGAAAUAAUGAAAUCUAGGACGAAUCGACGUAACGUAAUGGUCCGGUCUCAACCAGCACGAAAAGCAAAACGAAUCAGAUUUUUUCGAAAUGGUGAUAAAUUUUAUUCAGGAGUAAUUAUUCCAGUCUUGCCAGAGAGAUACAGAUCUUUCGACAGUUUAACUGCAGAUUUAACUAGGGUGUUAGUUGAUAAUGUAACAUUGCCAAGCGGUGUUAGAACUAUUUAUUCUCUAGAAGGUAGAAAAAUAGGAAAACUGGAUGAUCUUGAAGAUGGACAAUCGUAUGUAUGUAGUGGUUUUGGAGAGCCCUUUAAACGUAUAGACUACAAAGCUAGUGCAGUCACACCACAGUCAUUUAGACUAAGUGGGCCUGAGUCCCUGACUGACAGUGCCAGCCCAUCUCCUGCUAGGGCAAAUAACAGGCUGUCUCGAUAUUUGCAGACAAAUGGUAGCAACUCUACUGGCAACGAGACUCCCAGAAUAAGCCCUGCAGGAGACAAUGUUGUCCGACCACGCAUAGUUACUAUAAUUAGGAAUGGAGUGAAACCCCGCAAGGUUUGCAGAUUGCUGUUGAAUAAACGCAACAGCCCAACUCUGGAGCAUGCAUUAGCGGCAAUCACUGAGUGUAUCAAGUUAGAUACUGGUUGUGUGAGAAAAGUUUUCUCCCAGUCUGGCUCCCCUGUUAAUGCUUUAAACCAAUUUUUCGAAGAGGAAGAUGUUUUCUUCGCUUACGGAAACGAAAGAGUCAAUCAAGAAGACUUCGAACUCGAAUUUGAAGAGAGUAAGGCUGUUUUACAAUGUAGGAAAAUUAAAUAUAAUCCAGUCACUAGAAAUGCAAGGUCGGGCCCCAAACCCCGUAUGCCAGUAAAGGCGAGCGGUGCGGCUCGGAAGAAGAGUGAAGAUGGUGCUGCGGGUGACGGUGAUGGAAACGGUGACGAGUCCGCGCUCGCCAGCUUACUACCGCAACCGCUACGGCUUAAGUACAGCGUUGGUAAAAUUAUAGGUGACGGUAAUUUUGCUGUUGUUAGAAUGUGUAAGGACAAGUCUACAGGAAAGGAAUAUGCUCUCAAAGUUAUCGACAAAGCAAAGUGCAAAGGCAAAGAACACUAUGUAGAGGCUGAGGUACGAGUUAUGAGAAAACUUUGUCACCCGCGCAUAGUAUCUCUUAUUGAAGAUCAAGACAGUCCAGAAUGGCUGUUCCUUAUAAUGGAAUUAGUUGGUGGUGGCGACUUAUUCGAUAGUAUCGCAGCUGCUUCUAAAUUUCCUGAGCCCCAAGCGCGUUUGCUAAUAGCUCACCUAACAUCAGCUAUUGCAUAUCUACACUCGCUUUCUAUCGUGCAUCGAGACAUCAAACCCGAAAACCUAUUGGUGGAUAUUGGUUUAGAUGGUAGUAUACGUGGGCUAAAGCUGGCAGACUUUGGAUUAGCAGUGGAAGUGUGGCGGCCGCUGCACGCAGUCUGUGGCACACCUACAUAUGUCGCUCCUGAAAUCCUGCUGGAGACUGGGUAUGGACUGAAGAUUGACGUGUGGGCAGCAGGUGUGAUUUUGUACAUCCUGCUUUGCGGAUUCCCUCCAUUUUCAUCCCCGGACGGCGACCAAGAGAAGCUGUUUGACGCUAUUCUGUCAGCGCGACUAGAAUUCCCAGCUCCUCACUGGGAGCGAGUAUCUGCGGGAGCUAUCGAUCUUAUAGCAAACAUGCUACGUCCCCAGCCCGUGCUACGCUUCGACGCAGAGGAUGUUUUGGACCAUGCGUGGAUGUCGGAUGACUAUGAUGAGACUUGUGACUUCCGUACUUGGUACGACGACGACGACUCGUCAUAGCCUAAGGAUGGCCGCUAAGCGCCCUCGACGCUUCCGUGACGAAGACAUUGCCCCAGUGUUCGUUACUGUUUGCGUUACCCGCUAACAGCCACGCAAGCCUUCAUGUUAACACCAAUACCAAAGUUAUUCCAUAAUGUAUGUAAGGUCUUUUUUACACGAGUCCGCAACUAUGUAAACAAAUAUGGUUGCAACUCAAAACUAAAUUGUUACAGAAGACACUGUAUUUAAAAAAAUGGUUUGAAUCAAGUCUUUUCUUAGUAAUAGUUUACAAGCCAAGCUUAGUUAACUAAACGGAAACUUUAAUGGAAUUGGAAUUUAUAACGAAAGGUAAAAAAUAAUUUGUUUACGUAGUUGUUAAAACAAUACUGCAUGUGUGUUCAAUUUUCGAAAACAAGAUAACUUUUCUAUUAAAUUACAGUGAUUACUUAACAUUAUUAACACUCCAGUUUUUAUACCGGUGAUGUUAUCACACUGCUAGAUAAUAUUACGUUAAAUGAUCGUCAAAUGAAUUCUCUUAUUUAUUUUCAGUACAUUAAUUAUUUCUUUAAGAGACCUAGCCUUUACUUAGUAUUUAUGUGGCUGUAAAACCAGUGUUUAUUUAGUAUUACUUAGAUUUAUUUUAUACAAUCGGACAAUAAAUUUAAAUGCAUUUAUUUUUAUUCAAAAUCAAUAAAAAACGAUCUCCGUAUUUACGCUGUAGGCCACUAGUAACGCAUACUAUUUUUUUUAAACAAAAUGUUUAUUUUCGGCAUUGAGAUAGAUUUAAGGAGCUUAAAAUAAUAUAAAAUAUUUCCUAGGGGCCUACUGCAUUUGGAGUGGAAAGAUGAAUUAAUAGAGACGGGCUGAAAUAAUGAGCACUAAUUGCUAAGUUAUAAAAUAAACCUACCACUUUAAUUUUAAGGCUUUCAUUAUAAAGCUUUGGGCUCUAUAUUGGUGCAUAUCUUCAAUUUCGUAGGUAACGGCAACUAAAUUUAAAAGAUUUUGUAUUGUUAAAUUUGUAUACAUUUUUUAAAUAAUAUUAUUUUUUGUCACAACAUAGAAGUAUAACAACUGGUCAUCAAUUCAUUUCUUCAUAUCAAACUAAUAGCUUAACUAGUUGUAGAGUGAAUACUUAUGAUGAAUAAAUUGCUGUUUGAAUAAAACCUAAAUAUGAAGUAUAACCAUUGAGUCUGAGAGUAAAAUUGUAUUGUAAUUACCUAUUUUGAGGUAUGGUAUUUUUAACAUACCUCAAACUUUGUACAAUACUAUCAUAACUGAUACAUAUAUUUUUUCAAUAAUGAUAAUUGCUUUGAGGUGAUAAUUAAUUUAAUUUUUCUUCACUCUGGCGGGUCAAAAAUAAAAUUUCCUGAAAGUGAACUUUAUCCUUGUGCCAAAUUAAUAAUAAUUUCAUCCCAUUUGGUCGUUAUAUCUAUGUUUAUAUACAAAACAUUUGAUAUAAUAUAAUAGUAGUUUGUUUUUCUUUCUUAUAAAUAUCCAUUGCAUUAAAGGAUAAACCUAAUUUGACUGAUACAUACACAUUCCUUUAUUUCAUGAAAAUAAUAUCUGAGCCCUAUGAAUUUGAUAUGCUAUGCGCCCAAAAGCUUUACUUAUUUGAAUAGUCAAGCGGCUGGAUUAAAAAUAUUUAGGCUUGCCUACUC